AUGGAAGAAGAGAUCAACAAUCAGCUGGCCUUUCUUGACGUACAAGUGGCAAAACUGGAAGACGGGAAGAUAAGGACAACGGUCUGUCGUAAGGCAACUAACACCAAGCGAAUCCUUCACUUCAGAAGCAACCACCCCGUUGGUCACAAACGCAGUUGCGUCGAACCCUCUUCCAACGCGUUCACAUACACUGCAGCGACGACAGCGGGAGGAAGGAGGAGAUUGAGUACUUGCACGCCCUAUUUAAAGCCAACGGUUAUCCCAAGUCCUUCAUACGCAAGUGUCUUAGGAAGCGCCACCCUGAGCGGUCGGACGGAGAAAAACCCGAAGCUUUGGCCUGCAAUCCUUUAUGUGAAAAACGUAUCGGAGGCAACGGCGAGAAUCCUGAAGCCUUUCGGGAUCGGAGUGGCUCAUAA